GAGUAAGGAUUAAAAAAACGAUUACAUUAAAAAAAAAAAGGAAUUAUCACAAAAAAAAAUGCAGGCAUCAACGUCUACGUCAGGAAAGAAAAGUACGUCAGUCAUACUCAAAUCAACAACAAAAUCUACAAAAAUUAAUACAAACGUUGAUCCUAAAAAUGAAAUUGAAGAGAUUUCGAAAAAAAUAUCAGAACAUGCUGAUGCCAUAUAUCGUACGUGGAAGUGUCGCGGCUUAGCUCCAACAGAAUUGCUUGAUUUUUAUACGAAUGCAACUGCAGCAGAGGCUACAGACGACUUCUUUGUAGCUGAUCCGAGCGAAACAAGCACAGAGGGUCUACAAAAGCUUGUCAAUACGUUCGUAAUUAAAGACAAAGAGCAAAGGGGUGUCAAACAAAACAUAAAUAAUAACAAAAGCAACAGUGGCAGCUGCAGCAGCAGCGGCAGUGGCAGCAGUAAUAAUAGUAAUAGCAGUACCAAAAGCAAAAAUUCAAUUCUAAAAUCAACAGACACGGAAGAAACGACAAUGAAAAUGAACAAUAACUUAAUAGCCACAACAAGCAAAAUGACGUCAAAAACAAAAUCCUCAACAGCAAUAACACCAGAGAUUUCAACAGCAACUUUAUUAACACAAACUGCUGCUGCAACUGAUGAAGUUGAUAUGUUACUUAAUAAUAAGAGAUCAGCAGGAAAGUCAGUAACAACAACAACACCAACAGCAGCAGCAACAACAAAAUCAACAACAGUCUCAACAGCGCCAAUUUUAAAAAACAACGCAUGCGUUAAAAUUGUUGAAACAACCGCAGAACAACCAUACGAAAAACACAAAAACGUUGCCGAAAAAAUUGGCAAUGUUGGCGGUACAAGUGGUGUAACAAAGUCGAAAAUAAUAACAAAUCCGACAACGCAUGGCAAUUCUUUGAGCACGAAGCCGCUAGAACUAAAUUUUGAUUUUGACUUAAAUUUGGACGUUAAAAAUUUAACGGAAAUUCAAACGCAAAACCUUUUAAAAAUCAAAGAAUUACUGCAAGAAAAUGCAGAUUCUACAAAAAUUGUAAAAAAAACGAACAAAUCGAGUAUUGCAACAACACCCACACAGCUUGCAACAACAACUGCAGUAGGCAAAGUAGCAGCAACAGGUUCAGAAGCAUCUGCAACAAAUAAAACAAAUUCAAAAGCAAUUACCAAAACUAUAACAAAUAGCCCAACAUUGACAACAAUAGUAAUUGAUAAUGAUAAAGUAAACAAUAAAAAAAAUGCCAAAAUUAAUAGCAACAGUAAUGUUGCAGUCAAUACCACCACCACCCCCGUUACAACACGUACUAGCAACGUUAUUGAUAAAAAGGCAAAUAAUUUUGCCAAAAAGAGCAACGGCAGCGCAGUCGCGACAAAAGUAGCAUCUACAAAAUUAAUGCCACCAUCAACAUCAACGUCAACAUCAACAGCAUCAGCAUCAGCAGUGUCAUCAACAUUAGCAUCAGAAUUAGCAUUAGCACAAGUAACACCAGCGGCAGCAGCGGCCGCAGCAGUGCCAUCAUCAACUAAAACAACAACGUCACCAACAGCAACUGAUAAUAAGAAGCUACAGCGAGAUCAACAGCAACAGCAAAUUAGUACUAAAACAAAAGGGGACGAUAAAACAACGAAAAGUACUAAUAAAUUAAUUAAAUCGGUAACAGCUAAAUCAGUAGCAAUUGCGGAAAAUAAUAAAAAUAUCAAUAAUAGUAACACAAAAAUAAUAAAUUGUAGUAAAGGAAUAGCAGUAUCAGGAUCAGGAUCAGCAUCAGCAUCAGCAACAGCAACAGCGAUCCAUAAAACAGAAAAGGAUAACAAAAUCAGUGUUGCCAAUUUACUUGAAACGGAAAACGUAAUGGACGUAGCGCGUGCAAAUAUGCCAGCACCAACAAAAGCAAAAACGACAACAAGAUCAUUAACAAAUGGUUUGGAUAAAAAUUCAGGACGUCCUAUACUGACGCGUGGUUCCGUCGCAGAGCGUGUUUUAAUGUUCGAAAAAUGUCCUGAUGUGCGGAAUAUGAACUUAAAUAUAAAACGUCCAAAUCCAGCAGACACAUCGCCUAAACUGUUGGUGAAGGUAACAUUCACAUAUUUAUGA